AAGCGCGCCGAUGUCAUCACGUGAGCUACUACUCCGGAUGAACAGGAGCCUGUGGUUACAGCCGCAAAGAACAGCGCAUCUAUCAAGCCCAACAAAGGCUGCUGACGGCCUACUCGGUGCGGCUUAUUCCAGGGUGGACUCGAACAACUCUAGGUGACCAUAUGUCUCUUUGAACUUUCGAAUGAGCCAUCGCGACCUCUACUUGAGCUCUGUUUGGCUCCGGUGAGCCAAGCCUUGCCUCAUCUUACUAACUUCUGGACCCUUCACGUCACCUUUCUUCUCAACUGUGGGUUUGGCUUUGCUUGAUAACUUGCAACCAUGUCGCAUCUUCAGCAGCAACUCAAAAGCUUCAACGCUGGAGUCGUGGCUGCUGCGGCUCGCAUGCCGCAGCAGAGACGGUUCGUCCAUAACAACUCUGCCAGUAGUUCACAAGUACCGUCUUCGGCCUCCACACCCACCCCGAGCGGCGAUGUCAAGCGGAAAAAGCACGAUGCAGAUAUCGUCUACUCGCAGCCUGCCAACACUGGCACCGGCAAGGAUAUUAUGACGCAAGUUAUCUUUGCAAUCGAGCAUAUGAAAAACAAGGGCGUCCCGCUCAGGUUCACGGAUAUCGUCUCCUACCUUUCUCUUCAACAUCGGGCAAAUGAUCAGGGUUAUGUCCAGGCACUACGGAGCAUCCUUCAGAUGCACGAGAAGGUCCAGUUCGAUCCUAGCGGUGCAAAUGGAGAGGGCACAUUCAGCUUUCGCCCACCACACAAUAUCCGCACUGCUGAGCAGUUGCUCCAGAAACUCCAGUCGCAGUCUACCGGUGCUGGAAUGAGCGUCCGUGAGCUGCGGGAAGGCUGGCCAAACGUGGAAGACACUAUCAAUCAGUUGGAGAAAGAAGGAAAACUUCUUGUUACUCGCAACAAAAAAGACGACCAUGCGAAGAUGGUAUGGGCCAAUGAUCCAUCCUUGAUACAACAUUUCGAUGAUGAAUUCCGUCAAAUUUGGGAGAAAAUCAGAGUUCCCGACCAGCAGGCUGUCAAAGAGGAGUUGGAGAAGGCCGGGAUUACACCCACGAACAAAAAUAAGGUCACCAAAGCUCGACCCAAGAUUGAACACAAAAAGGUCAAGAAGCCUCGUCGCAGUGGCAAAACGACUAACACCCAUAUGAUGGGUGUCUUGAGAGAUUACUCUCAUCUCAAACGAUGACUGAAGCGUUUGUGCUAUGGAAAAAAGAAUGUUGAGUAUCGGCUUUUGCCGUUGCGCUUUCCAACUGCGCAUUGCGUUGAGAUUGAAUUAUAGAGACCGCCACGACCAUGGUGAAGAUCGGUUCUAUUGCAUCAACUGGCGUCUUAGGGGGAAUAUACACGGGGAACUUGAGUUUCAUCACACGACUAAAAGUCUGGCUAGCAUCGUCGCUCAUCGCCAGUUGCUGUUCAGCCUGUAAACUACUUUAACAAAAUAUAGAUACCCGAAACCGCCGCAUGGAAUAAUAUUUCUGCGUAGAUCACGAUGCUCUGCGGAUGAUACCCAUUUGACAAAAUAUGAAUUGAAUCACCAACACAUAUUUUAUUGCGAUCUACUUCGAAAACGGAAGAUAGCCAUGCUUCAUGAGCGCGCUGCGCGCAUAAAUCGGCGACAGCCUCAGUGUGGGAGUAGUACUACCUUAAAGGGAAGUGGGAUGGAAUUAUCAACCGCGGCAGUGAACUUAUUUUACAUCCAUGACAAACCAUUAGUGAUCGACUCAAGUCCGGGCCUCCCACUCUUCUUCCCUUCCCUUCCCUUCCGCUUGCUUCCAAACCUUAUAUAUAUCGUUGCGCUACCGCAACUUUCCGAGUAUAGAAUUAUCUCCUUUAAGCUCCAGACACCUCUGU